CCUCUCUCUCUCUCUAUCACUUCUCCUUAUAAGGACAGGCUCCGCCUCCGGUGAUGGCGUCAGACUUGUGGGGUUUUGGCGUUUAGUCCUGGGGGACCGCAGGGCUGAGACUUCUUUCCUUUCCCCUCAUCACUUUAUCUCGCUUCCUUGCCCUCCUCUCCCUGGCCCUCCCCCCGCCAUGGUCUUGAGGGACAGGAAGAGGAUUAUUGGCGCUUCUUGUCCCUGAGCGGGGUUUGAAGGUGGGAACAAAACCCGCAUGGUCUCCAGAGAAGAACCCAGGUGGCUUGCUGGGAUGUUUCAGGACCUCCUCCCUCCAGGGGCCCCGGCCGGCCUGAAGGAGGAGCCGGCGGCGGGGCGCUCCUGGAUCCACGGCGGCGGCGUGCUGAACGCCUCCUCGGCCGCUCACAGCGGGGCAGCGUUGUCGAGAGCUCACUUUGAGAAGCAGCCGCCGUCCAAUCUGAGAAAGUCCAACUUCUUCCACUUUGUGUUGGCGCUGUACGACCGCCAAGGACAACCUGUGGAAAUCGAACGCACGGCUUAUGUGGACUUUGUGGAAAAGGAGAAGGAACCAACAACAGAAAAAAGCAAUAAUGGAAUUCAUUACAAACUCCAACUUCUCUACAGUAGUGGGGUGAGGACAGAGCAGGACUUGUACAUCCGACUCAUUGAUUCAAUGAGUAAACAGCCGAUCAUCUAUGAAGGUCAAGACAAGAACCCAGAGAUGUGCCGAGUUCUGCUCACUCAUGAGAUCAUGUGCAGUCGCUGCUGUGAUAAGAAAAGCUGUGGAAACCGAAACGAGACACCGUCAGAUCCUGUUGUCAUCGACAGGUUCUUCCUCAAGUUCUUCCUCAAGUGUAACCAGAACUGUUUGAAAAAUGCUGGCAACCCACGAGACAUGAGGAGGUUCCAGGUGGUCGUGUGCACCACCGUCAACGUCGACGGACAUGUUCUCGCCGUCUCCGACAACAUGUUUGUACACAACAACUCCAAACAUGGCCGCCGAGCUCGCCGAUUGGACCCAUCUGAAGCAGCAAGUCCUUGCAUCAAAGCCAUCAGUCCCAGUGAGGGAUGGACCACAGGCGGAGCAACACUCAUCCUCAUUGGAGAUCACUUCUUUGAUGGCCUUCAGGUGCUCUUUGGGAGCAUGUUGGUGUGGAGCGAGCUCAUCACCCCCCACGCCAUCCGUGUGCAAACUCCGCCCCGUCACAUCCCAGGUGUGGUGGAGGUGACGCUGUCCUACAAGUCCAAACACUUUUGCAAGGGGACACCUGGACGCUUCGUCUACACAGCGCUGAAUGAGCCCACCAUUGACUAUGGCUUCCAGAGGUUACAGAAGGUCAUUCCUCGUCACCCUGGAGACCCAGAGCGGCUGCCUAAGGAAGUGCUCCUGAAGAGAGCCGCUGACAUGGUGGAGGCGUUGUAUGGGAUGCCUCAUAGCAACCAGGAGAUCAUCCUGAAGCAAGCGACCGACAUUGCCGAGGCACUCUACAGCGUUCCUCGGAACCACAACCAGAUCCCGUCGCUUGGAAACUCAGGUUCGCACGGCAUGAUGGGAGUUAACUCCUUCAGUGGCCAGCUGGCAAUCACCGUCUCUGACACAAGUCCAGUCGGGUACAGUCGCAACACCAGCAGUGUGUCACCCAGAGGAUACGCCCCCAGCUCCGCCUCCCAACCCAGUAACUAUGGCAACAACACCACCUACGGCAACGCUUCCAUGGCAAACCUCGGCGUGACGUCUUCGCCAAACUUCCUCAACGCAUCGUCUGCCAGCUCACCCUACGGCAUUGUUGCGUCCAGUCCCACAAUGGCGGGGUCCAACUGUAGCUCCUCCCACAGCACCUUUCCUUUCUCUACCGCCGUGAAACAAAAGAGCGCCUUUGCUCCUGUGGUCAGACCCGCAACACCCCCUCCCCCCCCUCGGACCUGCUCCGCCAACAGUGGCCUGCAAGCCAUUUCGGGGCUCGUCGUCCCGCCGAUGUAGAAAAUGGCGAGCACGAAGGAGGCGUGUUUCCAGAUGUCUGUGGGCGUGGCUUCAGGCUUCGGCUGACCAAUGAGAGCGGUCUAAACAUUGAGAUGACCACCGCCCAUACUUUCUUGAUAGACGUCCAUAAUAACCUUGUCCAAUGAAAGUCCCGCCUCUCACCAUGAAGCUCCGCCUCUUGCACUUCAUGUAAAUGUUUCUGUAACUUAUUUUCUCACAACACUGUUGUCCAAAUUCGUGUGUGUGUGUGUGUGCACAUUUGUCAAUCAAAGAUGAGGUCCAGUCCACUUUGUCGUGCUUUUAAUUGUGGAAUUGUCAUGUUUAUUCAAGGAUUGUUCAUGUUUUCCUU